UACUUUAAAAAGUCUAUUACGGUAGUAUUUAAAAAGCUAAAUAAAAAUAACUAUAUAGUGCUUAAAAUAUAUAAGCUAAUAGCCCUUUUUAAUAUAGUAAGUAAAAUUAUAAAUAUUAUUAUAGCGAGGAGACUAAGCUACCUUAUUAAAAUAUAUAGAUUAUUAUUAAAUAGUUAUAUAAGUAAGAAAAGACGUUAG